CCAAAUUCAUUUAUCCACAGAUAAUUAUAAAAUGUAUCAAAAAAGUAUUAAAAUAGCUGUGCUAGGCGAUGAAGGUUCAGGAAAAUCGUCACUGGUUCAUCGUUUUGCUCACAAUGAAUAUAAGACAACAACGAAAACAGUUUGUACCUGUCCCAAAACAGUGAAAAAGCGUACAGAAUGUGGCAACCACUUACUAAGUGAUGUCCUCGAAAGAGGAGAUCGCCAAUGUGCAAAUUUGUAUGACACAGGUUCUACACCUUUGACGUCGAGAACACAUCGAAGAAUAUUACCAAGCAGGUGUACCUGCCAUCGGUCUAGUCCAGAAUACAGAAGUGUAGUUUGGGAAGGUCCAAGUAAAGAAAUCAAUCUGAUGCACGUAUCGGUGCUAGAUAUUCCGGCUUUGAAGUCAUUUCCAGCCGACACAUUAGAAGAAUUUGCAUCAGAAGAAGCCAGAGGUGUAAGAACCGCAUCGGUGUUUAUUCUUGUCUUUGACGUGACAAACCGUGAAAGCUUCGAAUACAUAAGUAGGAUCCGAAAUCAGAUUCGAAAGUGCUGGUUUCGUCGAACCCAGUCGGAAAUUUUAUACCCAUCUCUUCUUCCAUGGAAAGGUAGUCCUUCUGAGGAUAUUCCAGCUAUAACAACGAAACGAACAAGAUCGAUCAGGCGAAAUCAUCGUAUAUACCGCAAAAGUAACACACAAGAAGAAGUUUCAGUCUUCAGUGUGUCAUCAUCGAGCAGCGACUUUGUGGCCCAAGGCGCCCUGAACGGGGACAGCGUUGAUUCUUUGAUAGUUGUGGUCGGGACAAAGAUGGACCUUCUUUUUAAAAAGACACAAAAUGUUGACAAUGGCUACAUUUACGAAAGUCAAAUAACUUGGUACAAAAAUACCGUCAACACGAUCAAAAAAUCUUGGAAGCAUACUUAUUUGGACUGUUCAGCAAAAUAUGGCUUCAAUGUACAAACGGCGUUUCUGGCUGCAGUGGAUGGAGCAUUGGUUGCCAGAGGAAAGCGAAAGAAAACCAGAGUUAAAAAAUCUCGCGACAUUUGCAUGUAAUAAAUAACGAUUGUAUGCCAAUAAAACAGUGGAA